AUCCAGAAAGCUACGUUUCUCUUUCUCUCUUUGUAUUAUCCGAUUAAAUUUUAGAGUAGUUCUUUGAGUCAGCUGCUUCUAUGCCAUUUUCUAGAGGUUUGGAUCCAAUUUCAUCAUCUUGUUGAUCCGUUUAUCUUCAAUUUCCAUAGAUUUUUUCUAAUUGAAUUGACUUCUUUCGAGAAAAGUUUUUCGAGCAGUUUCAUUUGUUCAUCAGAUUUAAUGCUUAAUUAUGGGUUUCUGAGGCAGAUCUGGUCACUCUCGAUUGAUUGCUUCUAGUUUGCAUCCAUUGAAAUGAUCAGGCAUUAGCUUGUUUGUUGUAUCUUCUAUCUUGUGUUAUUGUUGACUGUUGAAAUCGUUAGUUGAUUUAUGUUUGACCACUUUCUUUGGACUUGGUGUCUUUUUAUGUUCCUUGAAUAAAGUGGAAUGUUUUGCAACUACAAUUGUUAGCUUCUACAAGUUUGAAUGCUAUUGUUUUGACUGUUGCUUUAAGAUUGAUGUUAUGCACAAGGCUUAUCUGUUUCUCCUUUGCAACUACUAUAAGCUAAUCAAGUAAUCGUCAAUGCAGAAAAUGGGAGAGUCUACGGGGUGUGGGAAAGGAGGACUAAUGAUUCCAAAUCAUAAGUCUGCUAAUUCUUAUAACCUCUCCCUUGAGUUGUCUCUUGUUGACUCUGUUUGGGAUUGUAAUGUUCGGACCAUGAGGUAUUCCUAUAUACCUGAGUGGUUGUAGUCUUUGAAAUCCUCUUAGACAACGAGUUUAGUGCAUUUUACUUUAGUUGGAAUCAAAGAGUUAUAGCAAGCAAUAAUGGAUCACACGUUGUGCAAGCAAGUUGUUCAGCCAGUUACUAGGAAAGUGAAGAAGCAUGGUAAAGAUGAAUUUGAUCGUAUCAAACAAGCUGAGAAGAAAAAGAGACGUUUGGAGAAAGCUCUUGCUACUUCUGCAGCCAUUCGGGCUGAGCUUGAAAAGAAGAAGCAGAAGAGAUUGGAAGAACAACAAAGGUUAGAUGAAGAAGGAGCUGCAAUUGCAGAAGCUGUCGCUCUGCACGUCCUACUGGGCGAAGAUUCUGAUGAUUCAUCUCGAGUCAAGUUUGGCGAAGAAACGGGUUUCGGAAUGGAUCUGUUUAGAGAUGAAAGAACCAACUAUGUUCCUCGCCAAAGUUGUGCUAGCUAUGCGGUUCAAGGGAUUGGGUUUGUGUCAAAUGGUUAUGGACUAGGAGAUAGUAACUGGUCAGUGUCAUAUAAGCCAUUCAUGAAGGAUGUCUGGGAUAACAACAUGGUAAUAUCUGCAGAUUUGAUUGCUGCUCAGGCUGUUUCGUCACUACAGAUAUCUGAGGACGCUGAUAGGAACGCUUAUGUCUUCGAGACGAUGUUCGGGGGAUGACAAAAGCCAUCGUGCCAAACUUGGCUGCAGAAACAAGUGUUUGCUAUGAGUAGAGUUGCAGUUUUUUUCUUUAUUCUAGAACCCCUUUUGGUGUGAAAAUUCCUCCUCGUUGUUUAUCUUUUGAUGUUAGACUAGCUGAAAAGAUGUUUUCUGAAUUCUCUUUGUAACAUUCACAAAUACGUUCUAAGUUUUAUACAGAUUACAGAGUACCU